AUGUUCGAUCCACUGUCAAUACAAGAAAAACCAAGGCUGUAUGAAUGGAACACUAUUCCCAAACCUAAAACAUAUGAAUGUGAUCCAAAAUUUGAAAAAUUUAGGCGGUCAAGGAAACCCCCAAAAGGUCCAGGCCCUAUAACUUGGACAGUUAGUGAUAUAUCAAAAGCUGGUUGUUUGUUAAAUUCUCCACCAGUGCACACAAGUUUUGAAGAUGAACAAGAAAUGAGGAGAGUUUAUAGUCUUAUUUAUGAUGUUUUUAGGUAUAAAUAUGUUUUAACUCAAGCCUUGAACGAUAUCAACUUUUUUGGAAUAUUUCCUAAGUUGUCAGCAAACGAAGCAGUAGUUUGGUUAUUAUUCUACGAUCUCUAUCAUCGAAAUUUCAACAAACGCGAAAUAAGUCUGGCAUCGCUCGUCGCACAAUUAUUCGACGCCUACGGAUUUAGUUUUCCCGACAACGCCCUCUGGUCGCAGAAAGUAAAACUGGCUGCGGCUGUGGCUCGAUUGAGGAUAAAAAAUAACGCCUUAUCGCUUAGCGAAAUGCUGCCUCCGCAUCUUAAAGACGAAAAAGUGACCGAGCACGCGCAGACGAACCCUGUCACUUGCUGGAUUAAUCUACACAAAACUAAAGAUGGAUUCACAUUAUGCCACGAAAUUGAAAGAAGUUUUGGUCUUCGACUUGUAAAUGACGUCAAUCAGUUGAAUCCACAUACCUUCAAAUGGGACAAGCAUUGUCCGCAAACAAUUGUUUUUCACGCUUCUAUGAGACCCUUACUGGCUAAAAGCCGUUUUAUCAAAGAAUAUAACAUGAUAGUACAGGAUAAAUCUUUUUGUUUGGGACCGGCGACGUUCAAGAAAUUGCUAACGGAUUUAGAAUUGACAGGUACCGUCAUACAGACACAUGUUAAUUCGCCUAGAUCGACGGCGUAUUUGGCAACGUUGCUUUCUCAAAAUGAAAAAAUCAAAAAGUUGCUGGCGUUCAGUGCAGGUAAAAGGAAAGAAGAAUAUGAAUUGUAUUUUAACGAAUUGGGAAUGUCUAAUAUAAGAUUAUUCUCCGAUAGAUUAAUUGAUACAGCUCCGGAUGCCCACUACAUGGAAGAAGUGGUUGCCGUUUUUGCUACACCGCCAAACAGUUAUUCGGCGGUUGUGGACCCCAUCGAUUUAGUUUGCAGCCGAGGAGGCGAUCUUUCCAUGCUGGAAAUUCUGACAGAAACUGGCGACUCCAAGGAAGCGCGCGAAAGGAUAGCAGCUAUCCUUGAAGAGCAACAAAAGACUCUAAGGUUCGCCAUGUCGAGACCUCAAAUACAGUUCGUCCUUUAUGAAACUCAUUCGGAAUUGGAAGCUGAAAAUUCCUGUAUGGUCAGUAUGACUCUGAAAGAGAUUAAUAAGAUCGCCAAGUUGCAUCAUGCAACGUUGCAGGGAAAGCUAUGCGUACCACAUCCUAGCGAGAACAUUAUAGAGGACAAAGAAGUUAAUAACAAUGAAGAAAAUAUUGGUGAUUCGAUAUUAACAACACCGUCCAGAGUUACAAUAUUAUCAGAAAUGACGGAUGAACAAGAAAAGUUUCUUGAUUCGAUUAAAGUUCCUGAUACUGAUAUAUUUGAUAACUCUACCUUGCCCUUACUCUGCGACAAUGAAAAUUGCAGAGGAUUCGCAUGUCCAGGGUGUUAUUUGGCACUUUUAAAAAGGAAGAAAGUUAUACGCCUGGACGAUAAAUAUAUGAUACAAAUGGCGGAACAACGCGGGCUUUUCGGUUCACAAUCGAAUGCGCUUAAUGUUAAGUCAAAACCCAGUCGAGUCGUAAGAAAGAAGAUUGAAAAAGAUGAAAAGCAAUCAAAUACCGGGAAGAGAUUCAGAGAAUCAGAAGAUGAAGACGAAGAUUACCUCUACGAAUGUUCGACACAAACUCGAGACAAAUUUAUCAGACAACCAAUCAAAGUAUAUCAAUUAUCAGAAAGUCAAGAAAAUUUGGUACUUACUGAACCUGGUCCGGUUAUUGCCAAACCAUUAACACAUUCCCCCGAAAAAUAUACUCAAUCGCCAAGUCUACACAGAUUUAGCUUAGCAAGGCUGCAAAGGGAAAAACCCACAGAAAUUGCUGAAUGUGAACAAUUUAACAUCGGUAAACGAAAAAAAGAUGUAUCUGUUUUAGCCCAACCUCCACCCAAACCCAUACUAUCUAAGCUUUCAAGCGCCCACAUUCGUCAAUUGGUAUCUCCGUUCUACAAACAACUGGAUUUGCCUUAUUUAACUGGGCCACCCGUUACCGAUUUCUUCAAGUUAGACCUUCAACAACAGUCACAAAAAUUCAAUGACAUCUUGACCAAUUCUCAAAGUAAUUGUGUCCAAACUGACCCAAAACUGACGAAAAAGAAAAUUAUAUUUCCAAAAAUUGACUCGCCGGUUGUACAGUAUGAAAUGCCCCCAAUGCUGCCUAAAAGACCAAAAAAAGUUGAUAAGAUCGUAGCUAGGCUUUCUACUCCUACACACAAUUCGCGAAUUAGACGUACGCAGAAGAAACUUCCUCUAAAGGUAACACCAAACCGACUACUUGUAGAGGUUGAAGAACCACCAACCGUUCCAAAAUGCAAGCAUUGUCACAUGAAAAACUUAAGAAUAGAAAAAAAUGAUCCCACCUAUGAUGAGUUGCAAGAAUUUUUGGAUAAUAUUAACUAA